UUUCGGCCCCGGUUGGGAAUUUGCCGACGCGCCCUCGCGCGGGGGGAGGAAGCGGAGCCGCUUGGAGGGACGGGCCCCGCGCGCGCAGCGCCGGCGGGAAACAUGUCCGGGGCGCGGCCGUUCCUGGCGUGCGGCUGCUUCCUCACCGACAACAUCUUCGUGCCCCGCUACCGCCUCCACGUGCGCUACCGGGACCGGCGGCAGCUCCGCCGCGAACACGGCCGGGCGCUGCAGGAGCGCGGCUGCCGGAGCGAGGAGCAGUUCCAGGCUGUGCUGAGGGAGAUUGAGGCAGAAGUGCAGAGGAGAAAACAGUUAGUCCAUCAGUCAGUGGAACGCAGAGCCAUCAUCUCCAAGUGCUACAAACCAAAACACCCAGAGGUGUACACUCUGCAGGAUUCCUUCCUGGCCCCCGAUUUCCUGGAGAUCGUGCGGUACUGCACAUCGCCCGGAGCUCAUCUCCAGGGCCUCCUGGGCUAUCUCGAGUCCUUCUCAGAUAAGAGGAUCUAUCGACUCCCAGUGUUCACAGAGGAGUUCUGCCAGACCUUUGUGGAUGAGCUGGAGAACUUUGAGCAGUCGGACAUGCCCAAGGGCAGGCCCAACACCAUGAACAACUACGGGGUUUUGCUGAAUGAGCUCGGGAUGGAUGAAGGGUUCCUGACCCCCCUGAGGGAGCAGUUCCUGCGGCCCAUCACGGCCCUGCUGUACCCUGAGCUGGGGGGAUCCUGCCUGGACAGCCACAAAGCCUUUGUGGUCAAAUACUCCCUGCAUGAGGACCUGGAUCUGAGCUCCCACUAUGACAAUGCAGAGGUCACCUUGAAUGUCUCACUGGGGAAAGACUUCACAGAAGGCAACUUGUACUUUGGGGAUUUCUACCAGGAUCCCAGUCCUGUGCCCAAGUACCUGGAGGUGGAACACGUGGGAGCCCAGGGGCUGCUCCACCGGGGAGGGCAGAUCCAUGGGGCGCUUCCCAUCGGCUCCGGGGAGCGCUGGAACCUCAUCCUGUGGAUGAGAUCAUCCCUCAUCCGAAACCAGCUCUGCCCCAUGUGCAAGAGCAAACCCCAGCUGGUGGAAGCAGAGGGAUUUGGGGAUGGAUUCACAGGAACCCUGGAAGAGGACGUGCCCGAGACUGUGGAUGUCUGUGCCCUGUGGUAGGGGAUGGGAAAACACGAUUUCUCCAGA